UCCGUGGCGUCUGUGUUCGCUGUAAGUUCCCACCGAAUUCCUCUGUGCAUUUUUAAGAUGCUGUGCACUCCCAUCUUGAAUGCCAAGGUCCCACUGAACCGGUUAAAAUAGGAUGUCAACAAGUGACGCAGCAGAGCUGGAGCCCAGAGUUGCAGGAGUAGGAGGAGGAGAGACAACGACGCCUCAGUGCGCCACAGCUCGGACUGCAUGGACUCCAACUGCAAGUGGACACCAGGACAAUACAUCAGCAGGCAGUCUAGGAAAGGACAAGGCCUUUCAUUGGGGUCAUUCAGAGGUCAAGAUCCAGAACGCUGCUGGUUCCAUCCUCGUCACCAGCCUCAUACUCAGACUCUCCAAUCCGAAGCUGGGACUAGAGAAGACUCUCGAGGCGUGGUCCAGUUUGGUUGACCCAGAGUUAGCUGAGACCAAGAACAGCACCUUGCAGGUUAAUGGAACUUCAUCCAGCUCCUCCAUAGAAACUACCAGCGUAUGUCCAUCGUCGGAGACAAUCCUGUUUUCAACCAAGAAGAAAGAAAAACUCCUCAAUGUUGUUAACCAUGAUCUGGGAAUAACCAGGAACCUGAACAGAACUCACAUUCUUUCUAACAGUAGCACCAGAGCAAAUGAACAUAAUGACUUGUACGGACGUCCAUGUGAGUCACAGUCCAGACGGUGCCCCGGAUCUUUAAUUAGAACUGAAAAAGACAAAAAACAACACCAAGCACACCUGGAAAACCAUUCUUAUUUUGGCAACCAUUCGGAUGAACCUGUACCCAUGUUGUCUUCCACCAUGGUAACAGUUCUCGCUCCUCAGUGGGGUGGUCGUAUAAGGCGGACCAAAAGGUUUGAUGGAACUGGAUAUUCAGAAGCUCAGGCGGAUUUGCAAGAAGUUGCAAAUACGUCACCAAAUCACCAACAAGGUGUAAAGAAUGUGUUGAUGGAUGGAUCGAAGAUUCCAAGGAGAGUCCUGAGAACCAGAAGUAAUACAGUGGGCUGGUCAAGUAAAAGUGAUCCUUCAAGUUUGGAUUUUAACACUAAAAAGGACAUGAUUUCAACUGUUUCAUUAGAUUCGGGUGCUAUAAGCCCUUUAGCCACUUCUCCAAUGUCUUGGUCUCCCCUGUCCCCUAACCUUAAUGAACAAAGGCAUCCCCAAAUGGACCUCCAAGGACGACAAUCAUCUCUUAGCUCAAAUCCAACAACGAGCAGCUUUCUCCUGUCUUUUAGAAGAGUUAACCCUAAUACCAUAAACUCCAGUCAAAUUUCUGUCCUCCCUGAAGGGAAGUCCUCAUCUCGGAACUGUUCUCUCAAUAAUAAUGAGCAAGAGAGACCAAAGUCUGUUCUCUCUCCUUCACCGGUUUCUUACAGGACAACGGAAACCGGACUGGCACUCUCUCCUGUUGGUUCCGAUCAUAGAGAGAGAAACAUAUCUGAGAAGUUUUCAUUUCUAACUUCACCAACAAGCAGGACUAUGAAAGACAAUUCUUAUACCCAACAGUCUCAAAUGACCCAAACUGGUUUUACAUCUUCCGAACCUACAUUUCAGAGGCAGCAAAAUUGCGAGAAUGUGGACAACACGAUCCCAUUCUCAGAGAGCUCAAUUUCUCCUAAUAGAUAUUUUCCGCUUGAUCACUCUACUCCGUUAAAAACUCACAGUCUUCCAAGGCGAACAAACCUGAAAUCCACUUCCUGGUGGAAACAAGUUUCUCAGGAAGGCAGUUCUCCUCUCAGUGUGAAAAACACAAACAAGAAAGACUAUGAGAAAACGGACUCUCCGAGUCUGACAGACAACAAAAGACGGGGUAGUUAUAUGCUUAACCGUGAUAACAACAACACAGUGGAGUUAGCUCACAAAAGUAACAUGAACCGCUCUUUAAAGAUGCGGUCACCUGAGUCAGAAAGAACUGCCAUCCAGCAGCAUGGCUUAAAUGUAGACAAUAGACAACCACAAAAACCUCAGAGUAUGCCUGAUUAUCGGCCUGCUUCUAAAGUUAGCACAGUUUUAGCACAAACAACACUAAAGCAAACCAAGGUUCCAGACAAGAAUGAUGAAAGAAAGACUUUGCUCUCAGCUCAUGUACCUUCAUCUACUUCAUUUACUCCCAUGACCUCAAAUCUGCCCGCAGACAGCUUCGGUAAAUACAAUGGUUCUCCACUUAAAUCCACCAGUGCGCCUACAUCUCAAAACAAAAUGGACACACAAAAGUCGAGCAAACUCCCUCUUUUCCAUAGUUAUUCCUCCACUCCGAGCGAUCAACCUUAUUCUUCUCAAACUACCUACAACAACUCCUCCAGUUCAAACACCAAAAAUACACUCUCUUUCCAGUCUCAACAAGCUUCUUCUAACAACAAAGUUCACUCUUCUUCAGCUCAAACAUCAACAUUUACCAGUAAAUCCAACAUCUCACCUCUUGGUUUUAAAAGAAGUUAUGUCUGCCUUCCUAAACCUUACAACUCUAAACCUGUGACCAGCCUUAUUCCUUCGGUAAACACUCUCAAUAAAACAAGAGGCAGCUACACAUCAGCCACUCCAACCACAUCCUCUGCUCCCACUCCUCGUAGCCCAUCCACCCUAAGCCCUCCUGUCGCUUCCACCAUGACAUCACCAACUCCUGUGAGUCCCUCUUCUCUCCUAACGCCUCCUGCAACUCCAGUAAUUGCUAGUCCCACCUCAGAACCUUCUCCCCCCAAGUUAAAAAGCAUAGUUUAUAACAGUCUAGAAAGAGAACCAAAAAAACAUGGAAAGAGAGAGAGGCGAGUAACAUGGCAGGACUCGGUGGAUGGACAGUGUUCAGAGCCAGUCAGUGUGGAGAAGCCAGAUUUUCCCCAGGUCCAGGGGAACUCUUCAGCUCCCACAAAUCUCACCCAAAGUCCCCCCUCUGUCUUCUCGUAUCCACAGUCCGGUAGCCCAGAAGGGGGUGUCCACAAGACUUUUAACAAUACACAGCCGGGAAAAGGAGGAAAAUAUCGCUCCUUAUCAUCCGACUGUGCUCAGGUAGUGACCAGGGAGCGUGGCAUAAACAAGCACACAGUUGGUGAUACUAUGAGCUCCGACCAGGGAGUACACGGCCCAUUUACAACCAGGCAGGAACGUACGCAGUCAGUGGAGUCUGGCACAGUUCAGUGUCAUUACUCCGCUCCCCUUUCCCUCCCUCCUGAUUUCCCCAGUGGUUAUAAACAUCGCUAUAGCACCCCACCUUACUCUACACUAAUGUCUACCAGGCAGACAAAAGGAGAGCUGAAGACCUCGCCACAGACUUUUCUGAUUUCCCAACCUUCUCAUUUAAAUCACACUCCACAGACUUCAUCAGAUGCUAACCUAUUUGUUUCCACUUUCAAACCCCCUUUGUCGCCUGUCAGACCAUCCCAGACUUGUUUAACGCCCUUCCAAAGUGGAACUGCAAAACAAGAAAGCUCGGUAUGCAGUCUUUCAGACACUGACCGGGUCAACAAUAAUAACCUUCAAGGCCACAUCCAAUAUCAGCCAAAUAGUCAAAUACAGCUUUUUGACAACAGGGUUCAUGUCACCUCACAGUCUCUUUUAGGUGAUGAGGAACAUAGCUUCUCUUCAACCUGUGUAACCGAAACACUUGUUUACAGAAUUAAAUCCAAAUCAGAUGCAGCUACAGACACCCCAAAGAACACCACACCUACAUCUUCACAACACAACACAAACACUUUGGUUUCUGUGGAGACCAAGUUUAAGCCACAGCCAGGCUCAACACAGAGUAGUGAAGCAGUUGAAAGGUCGUGCAGGCAUUCUGAUCAGAGCUCCGGUGAUGGCAGAUCAACAAAGAGUAGACACAGUCUUGAUGAAACCAGUAACACAGGCACAAAGGAGAGUGUUCUGGGUAAAAGUAGGUUUUAUUCAGUUGAGGUUAAGAAUGAAGAAAGUCCUAAGAAAAGCCGGUUUGGCAUAAAGAGAAGCGUCAGCACACCAAGCUCUGGUUUAUCUAGGUCGGAGUCGGAUAGGGUCGCCAAGAGUCACAACAAAGUGGACCAGAUGUUUAACAAACUGAAGCAAAAAUUCAGCUCCAAGCGAACAGAGGAGGAUUCGUCCUUCCCAUGGAAGUGGAGGCGAACUUCCCUAACACCUUCUGUCAGUGGAUCAAGUGACGUAAGCAGUGUCAGCGAUGCCAGCGCAGACAGUACCAAAACUCUGGAGGAGCGAAGACAGGAGAAAGAGAUGAUGCUGAAAAACAAGGCAGUGAAAAUAGAGGGCACAAAAAGACAAACUGACAAUAGAUACACUCUCGAACCAGCACUGUCUGUUGGAGAAAGAAAGGCAGGAAAUGAGUUGCCCAUAUGGUCAGAAAAUCCCGCUCAAGGCAACAAAAGAGAGGAUCUGAAUUCUUGUGCCGCACCUCAAAGUCAAAUUCAUCUGACAGUCCAUGGCCCAGUGGAAAAGUUUGAUAUGUGUGUAAACAGUGAGAGACAGCACACAGCGACAAGCCCGUUCCUCUCCUGUUCGGAUCACAGUGUUGAUGGGAGCCUCAGCCCUAAUGCUGCUUAUCCAUCUCAGAGCAGGAAGUCUACGCCCAGCCCCAGGAGUCCCUUCUCACCAUUUUCCUCUCUUUCACCUGUCUCCCCAUUUUCAACUGCGGAAGUGUUUGAGGACAACGUAUUCUUCAGCCCAAAGCUUCAGCGGCGCAGGGAAUCCUCAUCUCCAUUUGAGCCCGUGGAUGGAAUCAGACUGGGAGUCUCAAGAAGGAACCGGGCAUCUACUGGUCCCCCCACUUCAAGUCCAGGAAAGGAAAAUGAACCCUUUACGUCAUCGUAUGCGGAUUUAAAGUAUGGCAUUGAACCAGGGAGAUCCUUUUCUGUAAGCUCUGUCCUCUCCAGUCGACCGGCACGGCCUGGACGGAUUUCGACUGGAACCAGGUUUAUGAGCGUGGGCGAUCUUUCUCACCCCGCUCUAUCUUCUGCAAGUAGUGGCAGUGAGUUGCACCAGAGGUCCGUCACACCUGCUGAAAUGGGACAGUUUUAUACCCAGCCUGAGCAUGACCCUCGCAUGUCACGUUUCCCUUGUGAUGCUGAGAAGAUGCGAUCCAGAUCUCUUCCUCGAUCAUUGACUCAGUGCUUGGCAAAGUGGAGCUCAGGAGUGCCCCCUUCUCAGUCUAGUGCUAGUACUCCCUCAAACGCAAGUCUUCUUCGCAGCCCCAGCAUUAACAUCUGCCACUUUUCAUGGGAUACAGAGGGUCCUCCAACCCCUCCUCCAACGCCUCCCCUCUCACCAGUAACCAGACGCAUGUCCAAAGCUACUAGUCUUCCUAACCCCAGCUUUCCCAGCUCACCAGAAGCAGUACACCAAGCAGACAGCCAGUCCUCCAGAGCGCAUCGCCCCUCAAGGGGCUUUGUGUCCAGUCUCAACACUUUUGACGAAUCCUCAGGCAGCAACUCUGACACAACAACGGACGAUGAAUAUUACAUAGACUCAGACGGUGGAGAAAAGGAGACAGAGCUGUGAAAGGAGUCUGGACAAGAACAAAAAGCAGGGAACUUUGUGGAAAGAAAUCUGUUUUUUUCAUGAUGACUCUUUUGUGUCUCCUGUUUUUGUUUAUUUUGCAACAAGAAAGACAUGAGGGUAGCUCAGACAAAGAGUUGCCGUGCUUGAGCUGCUUUUUAAAAUUUGUGUACCAAGUCCUGGCAGGACGUUGGGUUACUGCAUGAGCAAGCCUGAUACAAUCAGCCUAGUUUCAUGUACAGUGUAUUCUAUUUGUAUGCAGCUCCUCAGUUUAUAAAUACCAAAUGGUGAUUGAUUUUAACAUUUGUAGUGUUGCGGCAUGGUGGAUGUGCCCAGUGCUUCUAAAUAUAUAUGUGGUUGUUUUAAAAGAGCAAAGCACUCUGUAAGGUUAAGCUUUUGGCACAAGCUCUGUCUUCAGCUUUGCAUUUCAUUCUGCCAGGCGACAAUAUGCACGAAGGUGCAUGAUACGCUGUCCUGUGAGGUUUCAUGAUCUCUAUUGUCUUUGACCAUUGAAGGGAGUAAAAACUGUUUUCUUAAGGAUUUGAAAUGUCUGUAAAUAUGAGAAUUGUACACUGGAAUUGAAUUUAUUAAUAUUUUCUGUCUAACAUUCUGCUCUUAUUUGCACAAGGACAAUUCUAAAUCUUAAUAUAUCUGUUUUAUAAAUAAAUUUGACUUUUCUAACAUAGCCUUUUGACUUUCCCUGUAUUAUUUAUGACUGCGAUGAUUUUUAGAGGCAGUAAAGUUUAAUUGGCAUGUGAGGCAAAAGGAAUAAAAGCCUGAGGCGCCA